CCCCUUGGUGCAAAGUCUACCAUGAACACCGUUAGUCCAAUUCCUCCACACAAAAAAACUUCCUCGAGAAACCCAUCAUAAUGGAACAUAACAAUAUUAAUGGAAGAAAAACAGCAGCAACAAGCAAGUUCGAGGAUUUGUUGCCUGUGAUGGCCGAAAAGCUGGACGUGGAAGCUUUUGUAGGUGAGUUAUGUGGAGGGUUUCGGCUUCUAGCUGACAGGGAAAAAGGGUUGAUUACGCCCGAGAGUCUGAGGAGGAAUUCGGGUCUUUUGGGGAUGGAAGGGAUGAGCAGAGAGGAAGCUGAAGGGAUGGUUAGAGAAGGCGAUCUCGACGGCGAUGGGGCUCUGAACCAGACUGAGUUCUGUAUCCUCAUGGUUAGGCUUAGCCCUGAAAUGAUGGAGGAUGCCGAGACUUGGCUUCAGAAGGCCAUUGAUCAGGAGCUCAAGAAUCCCUCUGCUUGAUUAUUUUUUUUCUUUUGACUUUUGUAUUUGUUUGGGUCUGGUGCAUUACGAUGGUAUUGUACUGCAAAAAGUUUUAAUUGUUAAUGAAAAUGAUCAUUCAAAUGAUGCUUCCAAUA